UAAAUGUCAAAUUGACACAUGUUUAUAACCUCUUUUUUAGCGAAUAACAAAGCGUGAAAUAAGAAAUCAAGAAAAUAAAUGUCCAGUUCACUGUUCAUGACUGUGGUUCAUGAUAGUGAUACAAAUCGAGUGAUCCUAUUAAUUGCUGGAACUGUCAAAUAAAAAAAGCGCUUAUUAAUUAGCUUUUACAAUGGCAGGUUUUGUAGUACGAACUACAAAUGGGAAGAAGGGUAAAGCUUUAUUUGCAACGAAACAAUACAACGAAGGCGAUGUUAUUUUGGAAGAAGAUCCACUAGUAUCGUGUCAAUUCGCUUGGAAUGCGGCAUACCGGUAUAUGGCAUGUGAUCAUUGUAUGAGGCCUUUAGAGACCCCAGAACAAAAUGUUCGAAGACUAGCCGCAAAGCCCGACAUCGUGUUACCCCACGCUAAUAACUUCGAAGCGGAUUUGAUGAAUGUGGCUAGUUGCAAUCAGUGUGGAAUUUUGUAUUGUUGUGAAGGAUGCAGAGAUGUGGCUCAAGUUGCUUAUCACAGAUCUCUGUGCUAUGAUCAGACUGAUGCAAGACAUCCCAUCCACAUAUUGUUGGAAGCCUGGAAGCAAAUGCAUUACCCACCCGAAACAACAAGCGUAAUGCUGUUGGUCAGAAUACUGGCAUACAUAAAGCAGCAUCCAGACCCCACUGCAGCGGCCGCGACUGUCAAACAAUUUUGUCACAGAACAGUGAAUGAAGACGCAGAGUUAGUCCACAAGUUACUUGGAGAACAGUUUAGUGAUCAGCUGAAUACAUUGAGAGAGUUGACGGCUACUGUGAUUAGUGGUGAUAGUAUACAAGAAUUCCUUACUCCAGAAGGUUUUUGUUCCCUUAUGGCUCUUGUGGGUACAAACGGGCAAGGCAUCGGCACCAGUCCUUUGGCUCAAUGGGUGAAUGCUAUGUCUGAGCUGACCAUGUCUGACGAUGAGAGGCAACAGAUGGAUCUGUUUAUCGACAAACUGUAUAAGGAUGUGGAGAAUGAAUCGGGCCAAUUCCUAAACACAGAAGGUUCCGGACUCUUCCAGUUACAGAGUGCAUGUAACCAUAGUUGUGCUCCAAAUGCCGAGUCGUCGUUCCCAUACGGAAAUCAUAGGAUACAGUUGAAAGCUGUUAAAACUAUAAUGCCAGGAGAGGAAAUCUGUAUCAGCUAUUUGGAUGAGUGCUCAUUGCAGCGGUCGAGGCAUUCGCGUCAAAAGGAAUUAGCAGAAAACUAUCUAUUCGUGUGUUGGUGUGAUCGAUGCACAUCAGAGAGUUCUCAACCAGACGUCACAAGUGAAGAAGACAUGAGUGAUGACGAAUUUGAUGACGAUGACUGAUGUUCCAACCUUCUGGCCUUCUGCUUGCUUGGCCUAUAGACACUUUGUGCAAUGUUAAUUAUAAGAAUAGUAUUA